AUGCACGACUCCCGACCGCCAGACCGGACGCCUGUCCACCACUACACCAUGAAGGCUCACUCGAGGCAUUCCCCUGCCGCCGGCACCAGCUCCUACUGCCAUACCGCCACCCACCCUCCGCGCGCCUCCAAGUCGAGCAAGACGACGACGACACCCCUCGCCUCGCCUCGCCCGCCCUACUCGGUCGGCCAAAACUCGCCUCCCGUGCGAUCUCCCGGCCGCCACCACGACGUCCGGGCUCCCAGCCCAAACUACUUCGGCCUCGUCGUCGAAUCAAACAGCGAUCCGCGCGAGUCGUCGGGCCUCGUCAGAGACAACUGGAGCCCGGCCUCGGCUUCGGUCAGGUCCUUUGCCGCCGCCCUUCCCAAGCAAGUAUCCCUCGAGCCCAAUGCCGACUUUGAGGCUUUUCGCCGCCAGGUCGAUAUCAACAAGGGCAAGUCCUUCUCCUUGCCCACGCCCCAUCAUGUCCAGCCGACGUCACAUCCCGCCCCCGUCCGUCCGCGCCCGCCGAGGUGGCACACCCACACCAGCGACGCCGGCUCCGAGCCCUCGUCCAUGGCCCGAUCCGUCUUCUCGACCAAGGAGCGCCCCACGAGCAGGAUGGACAUCGACCAGGACAGCCUCUACGACUCGGCCUACGUCUCUGCCGAUUCCAAGCGCAACUCCGAGGCGUCCUUGGUCCCCGCGCAAAUCAUGGCCAUGCCAACCUACGAGUCUCCCCGACCCAUGGAUUCUCCGCGACGGCCCUUGGUCCUGGCGCCGCCCGACGCUCGAGAUCCGCGAAUGUCGCUGGUGGAAAACAGAGCCGAGCCGACAUCCCCCGUCGGGGCGGCCAUGGGCACCCGCGCGGUUACCCUCCCGUCCCGCCUGGACGCCGCAGCCCCACCCAUGAUCUCGGGCGCCAACCUCAAGGAGCUGCUGGGCACGGUCGACGACGGCCGCCUGCUGCUUUUGGACAUACGGUCGUCGCAGAGCUUCGCCCAGUCCCGCGUCAAGGGUGCCCUCAACCUCUGCAUUCCCACCACGCUGCUCAAGCGGCCCACCUUUAACAUCCAAAAGCUGCAGCAGACAUUCCAGGGCGGCUCGGGCUCGGGCAAGUUUGCCGAGUGGCGAAAGAUGGACUGGAUCGUCGUGUACGAUGCCCACGCCUCUGACAAGCGCGACGCCGUGACGGCACAGAACAUGAUCAAGAAGUUUACAAACGAGGGCUUCACCGGACACACGGCCAUCCUGCGCGGCGGCUUUGGCAUGCUCCAAAAGUCCUUCUCAGAGCUCAUCGACGAGGGAUCGGCCGCGUCCCCGGCUGGCCAGGGCGAGUGCAAGGGUCGCAUCAAUGGAGGUCUCGCCCCCGUCAUCGGCGGCGUCAGUCUCCCGCAAGCCACUGGCGAACUCGAUCCCUUCUUCGCCAACAUUCGGCAGAACAUAGACUUGGCCGACGGCGUGGGCCAGUUCGAGGUGGCACGCCCCCCCGACCUCGAGUCUCCACUACUGCCGCAGUGGUUGCGCGAAGCUGCGUCUAAGAGCGACCACGGCAAGAGAGUGUCGGACAAGUUUUUGCGCAUCGAGCAGGACGAGCAGGCUCGCAUGCGCAACGCGUACGCGGCCUUCAAGCUCGACAAGGACCAAAUAUGCAAAUUUCAGCUCUCGGGCGUCGAAAAGGGCGGCAAGAAUCGCUACAAGGACAUCCUGCCCUUUGACCACGCCCGAGUCCGCCUACAGAACAGACCGGCCGGCGCGUGCGACUACGUCAACGCCAGCCACCUCUCGGCUUCGAGGAGCCACAAGCGAUACAUUGCCACGCAAGGGCCGCUGCCUGCCACGUUUGACGACUUUUGGUCGGUCAUCUGGGAGCAGGACGUCCGCGUCAUCGUUAUGCUGACGGCCGAGUCGGAGGGCGGGCAGCUCAAGUGCCACCCAUACUGGCAGGGCAAAGAGUUUGGCGCCAUCAGGCUCAGGCUGCUCUCGGAGAAGAAGGUUUCCCUCGACAUUGACAAGCACAGAUCCGAAUCGGGCGCCGCGUACCCUACGCAGGCGGCAGCCGACUGGGGCAGGAAGCGGGCCAACACGACGACGACGCUCGAGACCUCGACGCCUACCAACCCCCAGAAUGCCAAGAGCCAGGCGGAAGCCCCCUAUGUCCUGAUCCGCAAGUUUGCGCUGUCUCACUCGGCCUACCCGUUUGCCCCGAUACGCGAGAUUACGCAUCUGUAUUUUCCGGCAUGGCCCGACUUCGGGACGCCCGCCCAGCCGUCACACCUCCUCGCGCUGGUCGAGCUCGCCAACCUGAUGCAGCGGGCGGCGCUUCCCCUCGAGACGGCCUCGAUCGUCGGGUCGAGGGUGUCGCCGCCCGAGGGCGGUGGGGUCACGUGGCACGACGAGCCCGAGGUCGACGUCCUGGCUCGACCGAUGCUGGUGCACUGUUCCGCUGGGUGCGGCCGGACCGGAACGUUUUGCGCCGUUGACAGCGUCAUAGACAUGCUGAAGCGGCAGCGGCAGGUUAGGCUUGCGGCUGUACGGGCGAAAGGCUCGCAGGUUGACACGGCCAUGGUGGACCGCGACGAGGAGCUCUCCCCACGCACCGUCAGGGUGGCGGAUGCCCCCGGCUUCUUCGACCUUGCGCCUGCCCUGGCAGCCUCGAAUGCGCCGGCGCCUCCGGGGUCCGAUCCGCACUGGCCGGAGCAGGACACGGCCGAUCUCGUGCAAAAGACGGUGGAGGACUUUCGGGAGCAGAGACUCAGCAUGGUCCAGAGCCUACGGCAGUACGUGCUGUGCUAUGAGACGAUACUGGAAUGGGUCAACCGGACGCACGACAGAGCGGUCAACACGAUUGGGGGCAGGCGGCGAAGUGGCAGUCUGCAGCAGGCGCGGCGCGACUGUUGA